AGUCUCUGCUUGGAGAUAUCAGCUGGACCAAACAUUGAUGCUACAUUCCAGGAGAAGAUGGGAACAAUUUCAUUUACUGGCACAAUGGAUGUAUUCAAUGUUAACAUUUCAGGAUAUUUAAAUAAUGAUCUCAGUUUUUGAAGACAGAUGAAUAUUUAAUUCACUUUUUUUGAGGAUAUAUGUGAAUGACACUUUAAAAAUUGAGGAUAUGCAGUAUAUAUAAGCACUGCAAAAUUUUAUGAUGUGUAAAUAUCACCAUACAUAUGAAGAUAUGUGAUGUUACAGACUCAUUUAUUGCAUUAAAACCUAUUUAUAACAUGGCCAUCUUUCAUCAAGUUUGAUGCCAUCAAGUGAGACAGUAGUUAGGUCUAACAGCCAUAGCUCAUGGACAUGCCUGUGUGUUAGCAUCUUCCGGAACACAGAGCCAGUCACUGAUAAUAUGGUGUCCACCAACAGGGAAGAGAACACCUACAAUGAUAGUGGUGGGGAGACAGAGUGUCAGGUGGUCACAGGCAGUCAUGAAAAUGUUGGUUUCCCUAAUGUUGGUCUCAUUGGGGAUGUCACUCAUCUGAAUAAAGAUGUCAAUAGUAACACUACAUCUCCUGAACCUAUCACUGUCCAUUAUAGUAUAGGGCAUGAUAGUAUAGGACAUGAGGGUAUAGGAAAUGACAGUAUAGGAAACACACCACAGGAUAGUACAGGACAUAACAGUACAGGACACAUUACUAGACAGGAUAGUACAGGACACAUUACUAAACAGGAUAGUACAGAACACAUCAUGAGACAGGACAAUACAGAACACAUCACUAGAAAGGAUUGUACAGGACACAUGAAACAGGAUAGUACAGAACACAUUGCAAUACAGGAUACUACAGGAAACAUUGCAGGACAGGAUAGAAAAGGGCACAUUGCAGGACAGGAUAGUAUAGGAACUAGACAGGACAUUACAGGAAACAAUGUUAGACAAAAUAGUACUGAACAGAUUGCAAUACAGGAUAGUACAGAACACAUUGCAAUACAGGAUAGUUCAGGAAACAUUACUAUACAGAAUAGUACAGGACACAUCAUGAUACAGGACAGUACAGAACAAAUUAUUAGACAGGAAAGUAUGGGACAAAUCAGACAGGAUAGUACAGGACACAUUGGAAUACAGGAUAGUACAGGAAACAUUGCAGGCCAGGAUAGUACAGGAUUUAUCACAAGUCAGGAUGGUACAGGAAACCUCACAAAUAAGGACAUCUCAAUAGACACAAAUGCAAAUGAGACAACAGCGGAUUCUGCCUCUGAUUUGGAGUAGGUGAUUCUUACAAUUAACUAUUUUCUUUGAUGAUUUUUAAAAGAUUGGUUAUCACGGAUUAUGACAUUAGAUAGCUAUGUAGUGAUUACCAUGGCUCAAGAAAUAUCCCAUGUAUAAUAUAGCAUUACACUAAUCAGUAAUAAAAAAAUUGAGAGAUUAUAAGGUAGAGUUACCCUCUACUGCAAUGUAAGGGACAAGCCAAUACAUUUGAUAUUAAGAUGGAGUGGCCAAUACAUGGGAUUUUUAGAUUGAAUAAACAAUGCAUGUAAUGUUCAGAUUCAGCAGCUAAUACGUGUGAGUUAAAGAUGGCGUAUCCAUUACAUAGGAUUUUAAGAUGGGGUAGCCAGUAUAUGGGAUUUUAUGAUGGGGUAGCCAAUAUAUGGGAUUUUUAGAUUGAAUAACCAAUACAUGUGAUUUUAAAAUGGAGCAGCCUAGUCCAUGUGAUGUUAAAAUGGGGUAGGCAAGACAUAAUAUGUUAAGAUUUGGUAGCCAAGACUAUAUAUUAUAUACUAUACUCUGUGUAGUCCCAUAGUUUAAGGACAGUGGAGUUCUAGAAAUAGUUAAACCUUUUUUUGGGGAGGGUUAGAGAGGGGUGGGGGGUGCUGAGAGGAAUUAGGAUUGAGUGGGAGGCAUGUUUGUAGUGCAUUGGUAGUUUAAUGGGGCACAUGGGGACGUUGUUUAUUUUUCUCCUUUGAAUAGAAGAUGUAGAAGGCAUCCAAGAAGCUAAGUUAUUUGAAUCAAUACUAAAAGGUUAUUUGAUACUGCUUAGCAGGCUAGAGCAAGACAUCAAUUCCAGGACCUAUUCAUUUUCCAUAAUUGCCACUUUUUGAAGAUGGCUGGACCUUGAUUUGUUCCAUUUGCUGUCCAGUAUUUUUAGCCCUCUCUACAUUCUUGGAAUUCUUUGCGGGGUCUUGCUCUGAUCAUGCGGUAAACACAUUUGAAAUCUGGUCUCAAACAAGAUUGAUCUUUUUGUUUACUGGUUGGUUCAGUGUAAUGGACAAGUCUCCCUCUCAUUUCAACAAGCAGAAACAUGUCAGAAUUGCUUACAACAAACAUUCUUUACAAACCAACACUCUGUAAUCUCUGCAAUGAUGGAUGAAACAAGGGUUAGAAUGUUGCAAUUCAGUCCAGGCUUGAACUGAACUGACAAUGGUGCAGAGCUAUUCAACUGUUCAUUUUUAUCUUUUCAGCUGGUGAAAUGUUGUUUUGAACGCAGACAUUCUAAAUGUCAAUGUUGAACAAUCUUCCCAUCAGAUUUGGAAGUAUCUGUUUAAAGCUAGUGGCAACAAUCUGUUUUUAUAAGGAUGAAACUCUUGGUCAAAUUUGGUGGCUUACAACUGUUGUCCAACAGUGCUCCACCCCGCUGAGCUGUGAUCAUUUCCUAGUAGCCCCUACCUGGCAUGGAAAUUUUCUCAGUGAGAAGCCAAAUAAAACCCUUGUCAGAUUCCCUUCAUUUCAGAACUUAGCUUAUUUAUCCUCUUGUAGGAAAGGAAUUGCUUCAUUGCUAGGUGUUGAUACCAGGUGAGAUGUCAUGUGCAUGUAGAGGUCCUGUCAUUCUGGUGACUGGCCCUAAUUUGAAUUAUUUCUAAACUUCCAACCUAGGCUCUUCAUGUCUUAAUUAGAUAUGCCACUCACCAGAUUUUUACAAUUAAUUGUGCCAUAGUUUUGUCGGUAGAGUUGUUGAAAAUUAAUAAAAAAUAUUUGCUACUUUAAUGCUGUCUUCGAUAAUGGUAUUGAAUUCUGAUAUUUAAUCCAUUUCAAAAAAUUAUGAUAUGAUUACAUUGUUUAUCUGAUUGAAGUGAAGUAAUUUCAAAUGUACACUCAAAUUAAAUUUUUUCACUGACUUUUCAAAUGUGUGCAGUUACCGGUGUUAACAUAUAAGGUUUUGGGUUGGUUUUCUAAAGAUGCUUAACUCCUUGAAAGGACAAAACUUGUGCACAUUUUUUAUUUGCAAAUAACUUUGCUUUAUUUCAACACUAGCCAAUAUACCCGGCGUGGCCUGGGUUUGCAUUAGGACCCCAACCUGGUGGGACCCCGAUCCCAUUGGGACCCCAAUCCCAUUCUGACAUCGAUCCCGGCACAGUCCUGUUUCCAGGUGGGAUCCCGUUUUAUUGUGGCUCCUGAUCCAGAUCUUAAUCUCAUUGGGAUCCCGGUCUCAGUGGAUCCGAUCCCAGUGGGCUACCGAUCCCAUUAGGAUACCAUCCUCUGUGGAAUCCUGUUCCACCUAGGGACCCCCUUUCUCGAUGUUAUCAUGUUUCCGGAUUAGGAUCCCAAUUCUGGUUUGAUCCUGUUACCCGACGGGAUCACGUUACAGAUGGGUUCCGGUGUACUGUUGGAUCUCAUUCCCCAUUAGGAUCCUGUUCCUCUAUGGGAUCAUGCUCAGUGCGAUUUAUUUCGAAUAAGCUUUUAGAUCCCAUUAUAUAUCCCCAUAAAACAAUAUGGAACCUUCUGGAACAUUCUAGAUUAAAUUUAAUAUCCUCCAUGUAAUAUGUAAAAAAAUUACUUUACUACGUAAUUAUUUCUCAAUCGAAAUAUUAUACAACUAAAUUGUACUAGAAUAACUAUAGUACAUGUUAAAUUAAAAUAGGGACUCCGGUGGGGGCGAAUUUAAUAACGUACCGUUUUAGUUAUGUCUGAUAUAGGGGGCCCUAUAAAAAUCAUUCAGAUAAAUUAUGGAGUUAAAAUUUGAAAUUUGUCCUAUUAAAAUCGGUUUAAAAAUGCCAUAGUUAUAGAUUUUUUAAAUUAUCGAACUUCUAGAAAAUUCUAGAGCGGCCCAGAAUGCAUUGGAUAUUAUUAGUUUUAAAUCCACCGAUAUUUCAUUACGGACAAUGAAGUGUAUUGCUACCAAGCAAGGCCUAGAAUCCAUAAUUUUACAUAGAAACUAUAGUGUUGUUUAAGCCUAUUGAUAUUUAUAUAGCUUAAAUAAGGAAAAAUGAAAUGGGGCCCCAGAGGGAUGAAUAUUAUGAGUUCAGUACCCUUCGGUACUUGAAUAUGGAUAAUCAAGUGUAUGUGUACUAAGUUUGGUCAAGAUCCAUCCAUUCAUGUAGGGGUAUUAAGCCUAUUGACUUGUAGAACUUUCUGGAUAUUUAUAGAUUAAAUAUAAUAUCCUCCUUGAAACAUGUAAAAAAUGUAUUUUCUAAGUAAUUAUCCUUCAAAUACGAAAAAUUAUAAACUAAAUGCAUUACUAUAACUAUAGUACAUUUAAGUUGAAAGAGGGGUCCCGGGGGUCCAUUCCAUAAUUGGGCCGAAUUAGUUUUGCCUCAGAUGGGGCCCUAUAAAAAUCAUUCAGAUAAGUUAUGAAGUUAUAAUUAAAAAUUUGUCCAGUUCAAAUGUAUUUAAAAUUGACGUAGAUAUAACUUUUAAAAAUUAUUUAACUUUCUGGAAAAUUCUAUUAUUAGUUUUAAAUCCACGGAUAUUUCAAUAUGGACAAUGAAGUGUAUUGCUGCCAAGGUAGGCAUAGAUUCAUGAAUUCACAUAGAACCUAUAGUAUUGUCUAUGCCUAUUGAUAUUUAUAUAGUUUAUAUUAGGAAAAAUGAAAUGGCACCCCAGGCAGAGGGAUGGAUAUUAUGAAUCCAGUAUCCUUCGGUAUUUGAAUAUGGAUAAUCAAGUGUAUGUGUACUAAGUUUGGUCAAGAUCUAUCUCUUCGUGUAGGAGUAUUUUUUGUUAAUUUUAUUUAUAUAGCUUAUAUAGGAAAAAAAUGACAUUUUGGGCCCCCGACCCCUAACAGAAUCUUAUAAAAAGUGCAUAACCCCUUAAGAGUUCCGGAUAAUGAUGGACAUAUGUGCCAAGUUUGGUCACGAUCCAAUAAUCCAUGUAAAAACGUAUGUGGAACAAACCCCCAAACAAACUUUCACUUUUGUACAUAUAUAUGUAUAUUUUAUUAGUUUUCAUAUUAUAAUCUACACUUUUUGUCAACCAAAAUCAAAAUGACUAUAACUUUUUAGUAACUGUAUUAUAGCCAUCUGUAUUAUCGCCAUCAUUGAGUCCAUUGAUUAUAUUGAUGACCUGCCAAUUUUCUGGUUUGUUGUCUUAAAAGAAUAAACAAUCCUAAGAGUGACACAAAGAACUGUUGUUUUUUAUCUUAACCUUUAAAUUAGUGCCCAUUUUUGUGUGCACAUUUAGUGCUAAAAUGUCUGGGGGUGUUGUACAAAAAGUUUAAUUAAAAUGUUCAUUGUGAAAACCAUUUGUAUGAGCAAUUUAAGGUUUAAAAAUUUAUUUUUACUUGAGUGCCAACUUUCUAAAAGCUAUUCAAUGUAGUUAUAAAUCCUUACGCUUCUAUUAUUAUGGGCAACAUCAUGUUAGCUUUCUAGAUUGCUGUUGAUUUUGAUUCUGCUAGUGUGAUAUUUAAGGUGUUGAUAUGUUCACAAUUGGCCUCCUUUUGAAUGAUGUAAUCUGAUAUUGAGAUGAUUUGAAAUGCAAGGCUUUUCAGAAGCAUUCUUUCACAGUGAGAUUAUUUCAAAUUGGAGAGUCAAUAAAACUGAAUUUUUUCAAAUGUUUUAAGUGAGAGAGCUCAUUUUCCUUGAUAUACACCUUUGAAAAAAAAGCUACAAUAGAAAUCAAUGUUUGUGUUAAACCACCCACAGUUUGAAUCAGUGCUGUUUCCCAAGGGUGCUAAAUAGAUUGGCGUGGCUUUUUUCCUGAUGGUUUGGUUAUUUAUAUGCAAGUCAAUGUUUAAACAUAUUUGAUAUUGAUAGUCACAGUAAAAUUAUACAACUGAUUUUAACUCUGGCUGUUUAAGUGAUGGUUAAUUUUGUAAAAAUAGAUUGCUGGAUGUAAACAAUAUGGAUAAUUAAUGUUAUUGAAGUUCAACUCAUUAUUUAAAAUCUAAGAUAAUUGUGUAAUUUCAGGUCAAACGAUCCAAAAAAGCAUCAUGAGCCUAGAUAUGAUGAAGAAGAGGAUGAGGAAGAGGAAAUUCUGGGCUCUGAUGAUGAUGAGCAAGAAGAUCCUCGAGACUAUUGUAAGGGUGGCUACCACCCAGUCAAAAUUGGAGAUCUCCUCAAUAAUCGCUACCACAUAGUGCGCAAAUUGGGCUGGGGACACUUUUCUACAGUCUGGCUUAGCUGGGAUCUAACGUGAGUAGUAAGAUCUCCUUGACUUAAAUAUGGCUGAAAAUAUAUAUCAUUGCACAAAACAUGGUUGAAUUAUAUCUUCAAAAUUGCUAAAAUUUUAUAUAAACCAUUGAAUUCAGGAUGGAUGAUUUUAUAUAAAAAUCAUUAAUUUAACUUGGGUGAAUGUAAAUUUAAAGCAUACUUUAAAAUAACUGCAUUUAUAUCUAGAUCCUUGUUUUGAACAUCAUCAUUGUUACUAUUUGAAUGUUGCAAUAAAAUGUUAGGAUAUCCACCCCCUUACAAAGCAGGCCUAGAGAAAAGUUUUUAUCCAUGGAGAAAUCAUCUUAUAUUUGUAAUGGGGGAAGCAGAGCAGUGAGGAUAUUAAGCUUAGACUCAUUGAUUUAUUGAUCUGGCAUUUACAAGGCUCUCUGAUGUUGUCAUUCAUUGGAGUCUUGUUGGGCCCAAGUCUUUCUUGAGGCAGUAUUUGUGAUAUGUGACGCUCUGAGCUUGCUACUAUGAUAGCUAAGCAUAAAACAAGUUUUUUCCUCUUAGUUUAAAAUAACCAAUUAAACUUAUUUUUGACAAUUUUUUUUACAGUUGCAAGCGUUUUGUUGCUUUGAAAGUAGUCAAAAGUGCACAGCACUAUACAGAAACAGCUUUGGAUGAAAUCAAGCUCCUAAAAUGUGUAAGCCUCUCUUGUUUUAUGUGUUAAACUCUCAAAAGGGGGCAGAUUUUUCAUAUUUUUAUGACCUUGAAACCCAUUAAUUUUACAAUGUGUCUCUUGGCUGUAAUUGUGCGGCUACCCCCAUGUAGCUGUGGAAGUAUAGAUUUACAUUUAUAUUGUUAUCUAUUUUUCAAACUUUUAUUUUCAAACUCCAAACUAAUGCCUUAAAAAAAAGAACCAUGUAAGAAAUUAAACUCAUUAAAUCAAUAACUUGAAUAGGAUCUAAUUUUUUUACAUUCCUUAGCACCAGGCACAGGGUUGAGGAGAUAGAUUUGUUUCCUUUAUUUCUUUAUUUCUGUUAGGGUUUAUUAUCCCAAAGGUAUUUUUAAAUCUGGGCAUUCCAUGGAUUUGAUGUUUGAUUGACCUAAUUUAUGAUAUAAUUACCUGCACCUCCCACUGUAUUUAUUCCUCAGGUUCGUGAGGCAGAUGAAAUUGACCCAUAUAGAGAACGGGCUGUUCAGUUACUUGACGACUUCAAAAUCUCUGGUGUCAAUGGAACACGUAUCCUUUCUUAAAAGAAGUUUGAACAAUGAAAUAUGAUAUAUGUGAUGCUUUGAUUUUACACUGCUAAACAAUGCUAAACAACGAAAGCAGAAUAUGCUAGAUAUGUAGUAUAAAUAAAAGCUACACAUUUAUGGAACAUACGUAAUCAAAACAUGGGCCAUCUCAUAAUAUGUAGUACAGUAUUGUUAACAUGGGCAUAGUGCUAACAAUAGCUGUCUCAUACAUAGUACCAACAUGAGCCAUCUUAAGUACACAGUAUAUGCACAGAGAAAUCAUGUAAGGUCCCAUUCAUAGUGCAUUAAGUACAUAAACAUGGAUAAUCCCAUUCCCAGAAGAUUAACAUUGUGAAAAUGGUAAUUUUCUUCUAAUACAUUUAUAAAUUAAAAAUGGGUUGCCAUUUAUUUUUUUAUGGAUUUUGUAUACAUUUUCCAUUUCCAAAACUUUGUAUCUGCACUUUCACAUGACCCUUCCAAUGAUAGAAUCCUCUGUAAUAUAACAAUAGAUUUAGGAGAAGUGUUGAAAUUCUAAUGGUAAACCAAACCUUGAUCUGCAUUUAGCGUCUAUUUAGUUGUAGUAGAUUCUUUUAAACUAACUUUAUAGUAUGUAUUAAACCUGGCCUUUUGUACCUUAAUAAAUGCUCAGAUGUUUGCAUGGUGUUUGAGGUUUUGGGCAAUAAUCUGCUAAAACUGAUAAUUCGUUCCAACUACCAGGGAAUUCCUUUGCAUAAUGUCAAGCUGAUCAUCAAACAGGUAACAAUAACAUUAUGGUCUUAAUAUUUGAAAAAGCGGAUUAAAAUAAAUUGUUUUUCUGUUAUUAACUUGAACAGAUUCUGUUAACAGAUAGGCUAUAAAUAUGAAUAUUGCCCAUUUAGAAUUAUAAAAUUUAAACUUGUAAUGGUGCUACUUUUGUUUUAUUUACUGUAAAUUCAAGAGUUAAAAAUCAUAUUGAAUGGCUUGUGAAAAUUUUUUGUUGUUUGAUCCUUAUUAGAACAUGUCAUAUCAUUAUUUCUAGGUAUUAGAAGGUUUAGACUAUCUCCACACCAAAUGUAAGAUUAUCCACACGGACAUCAAGCCUGAGAAUAUUCUUAUGUGUGUAGACGAGUCCCAUAUUCGUAAAUUAGCAGCUGAUGCUAUUGAGUUUCAGAGGCUGGGUUUAAAACUACCUGGUUCAGCUGGUGAGCUUCAGAUUAGUUCUAUAUAAUUUUUUUGUAUAUAUUUAAUAGAUUUUUAACUGAUGACAUCACUUUUAGGGUUAGGGGUGGUGGGGGGGUGCUUCUGAUUGGAUGGCCUAUCUUGAAUCAAUGACUAAAUUUGACUAAGAAGUAGAAGCUCCUAAUUUUUUAAAUUUAGAAUUCUUGUCAGGAUGUCUUAGUGUCUUUUUCACAAGGAAUUAUUUAUUUUAUUUCUUAAAGAUGUCAUGCUAGUUGGUUACAAAUGUUGUUUUUUUAAAAUUUUUUUUUAUUUUGAUUUUAAAAUGUUAGAAAUAUUUAUUAAAUUUAUUUCUUUAUUAGUUUUUUUUUAAUAAGGAUUGUUUAUAUGCACAAUAGUUUGAAAAAGGUUUAUACUUUGUCAACAGUCAGUACAGCCCCCAAAGAAAAGCCUCAGGAUAUAUCUAAAAUGUCCAAAAAUAAAAAGAAAAAGAUGAAGAAAAAACAAAAGAAACAAGAGCAGCUGAUACAGAUCCAGAUGAAGCAGCUUGAAGAGUUAGACCGUGAGAAGGGAGUUGACAAGAGACCGGUGAGCUAAAUAUAAAACAUAUUGUACAAAAUGCUUAUGUGCAUGUCCAAAGCUUAUGGGAAAUUAAAUUUAAGGACAUCUUUCUGGAUUUCUUGUCAAUAAAAGACCACAGAUCUGUGCAAAUUUAUUGGCAAUGUCAUCCUUGGACCGUUGGGGCGCCACAGAUGACGUGUGAACUAUCCUCCUCCAUUCGUCUCUGUCUUCGCACUACGCACAGCACCGCCUAGUUUUCGUCCCGUCCACUCUUUGUUAUCUUCCCGUCUUUUUCAUUGUCUUCAUCUUCUUUUUCCUCCUCUUGUGGUGCCCUGCAUGAUUUCUUUGGUUAGCCCUUGUUUCCUUGUUACAUGGCCAUAACAUUGUAGUUAGCGCUUUUUUACAGUCACCAGGAGGUCAUCGUAUUGCCUGACAAACCUUUUCUUUCACUUGAUCUUGGAGAUAUGGUCCCUAUAGCAGAUACCAAGAAUGCUGAAACAUCUCAUCUCCAUUGCCUUUAUUUUCCUUUCAAGUUCUGCUGUUAAUGUCCAGGAUUCGCAGGCAUACAGGAAAAUGGAGAGGACUAAUAGUUUCAAAAUAAUUUUUUUUUCCUUUUAAAAUGAUAGUUUCAAAUUAUUUUUUUUUCCUUGUGUCAUCAAAUCGGAAUUCAUUUUAUUGAUGGAUGCUGAUUUCCUUGACAACCUUAUCAUCCAUUGGGGGAUAAUACACUUAUGUGAAUACAUUCCCUUGCUCUCCCUUCCAGGACAACCAAACCUCUACUAUGGUGAACAGCACCAGCACAAACAGCCUACAAAGUAUGGAAGCAGAAACAAGCAGCAGCAACAGCACCAAGAAUAUUAUAGCCAAUAAUUCAGGUGGAGGGGGUGACCACAGCACCAAACUGACCAACGGUCAGCGAAAGACAUCUCUCAUAGAGGGAGAAAAUAACAAUGCCAUAGGUGAUAAAUAUAUCCUAAUUUUAAUGAUGCCUGAAAGCAAUUGAUUCUGAAUAAUAUCUUGUUUACAAAUAUUAUUUAAAAAUAUUUUUGAUAAUGAAUAUUGGCUUGAGAUUAAGCCCUAAAUCACAGUGACUUGAAAACUUUUAUAACAAAUACAUUUAUAGUUUUAAUUUAAAAAAUGCUAUGCUUGUUUUUUGAGAAGUUUGAAAGGCUAUUUUUUGAUAGGUUUGAAGAGCUGGCUCUAGAUAGGUUUGAAAAGUUAUUUUGAAAAGCUAUUUUUUUAUAGGUUUUAAAAGUUAUGUAAAUAUGGUUGCUUCUUGAGGUGGUAUUUAGCUACUCAUUUUUAAACAAGAAAAUGAAACAAACUGGAGUUUAAUACGUUAUUAGUAUUUAGUAAUAUUUCACGUGCUUUCGCUCGUAGCCCAAGAUGUAUAUGCAUACAUGAUUCUAAAUGAAUCAUACCAUUCUAGGAUAAUUGUUUUUCUUUAAAUGACAUAAUUAUAUGGUAUAUCAGUUGCAAAUGUUACUAAACAUAUGAAUAAUAGUGUUAUUCAACUCUGCAGGGGGAGGUAGGUUUAUUGGCAUGCUAAAUAUUAUCAUCAUAAAAAAUGAACAUGUCUUAUUCUCAAACUAAAAUUUUUGUUAAAUGAUUUUGCAAAAUUAUCUCAGCAAUACUCAGACAUAGAUACUUGUUUACCUACCUUCAUUACUAGCAAUAGAUGAUAACAUUAUGUUCUGUGUAUGAAUAAAACAUCUGAUUCUAUUAGUUGAAAUUUUUUAUAUUAUUGAAAGCUUAAUAUUAAAUUGUGAUUGAAUUCUCUUCUUCAGUAACUGGGAACAAAUCACAAACACUUGAUCAGUCGAGCUCUCAAGCCAAGGAGAACAAGCGAAAUGAAACAAAAGCUGAAAACAUGGAAAACAACAGCAACCUGUCACCAACAAACAUUACUGACGAGGAUGAGGAGGAUGCUUCUAAUCUCAACAAAUCAUCUGGUUCAGAGAGCCAAGCCACUGCCAUUGCAAGGUUGAAUGUUACUGGGGACGCCCCCAUUGUUUGUACCAACAACAACAGCCCCACCCAGAAUAAAACAGACAAUAAAACCAGCAAUGCUGUUAUUAUUUCAUCCUCUUCUAAUUAUUCAGAACCUAUGUGUAACGGCCAUGCCUCUGAGUUUUCUCGGGAAUCUUCAAGUAUGGACACUGAGUAUUCACGAAAAGUUUCCAUAGAAGACCAGAGUCAUGAUUCCCACAGCAAUAGUGUAGCCAUUUCAACGGUUGAGUGUUCAAGCACCAGUGUUGUGGUGGGUGCUGGGGAGUGUCUGGUGGACCGUGAUGAACUAUUUGAAAGUGAUGGUCCACGACUCGUCAAUAGUGUUUCAGUGGAGUCUUAUGAUGGUGAAGUAGAGGAUAUGCAAACAGAAGGGAGUCCUGAUGGUAAGGAUAUAGUCCAUACUUUGCUCAAUUAGCUGUCAUUAAUGCUUCAUUUAAUAAUAAAAAAUGUAUUGGCUUUAGAACUAAGUUUUUAAAUUUAUAAACUCACUUAAGAUUAUUUGUACAUAGAAUAGUUUUAGUGCAAACUUCACUUGUAUUUCAUCACAGGAAGCUAAUGGAAGCCCUCAUAAAAAAAAAAUGAAUCUGUUUGAAUGAACUUCUUAAUCCUCUUCUCUAUGUUUUAAUAUUAUCCCAUUUUCAUGCUCACAGCACUUAUAAAGGAUGACCCCGGAGAGAAGUCGAUGUGUGAAAUGUUUCCAGGAUAUCUAGAUUCAAGUAUGUGGGAGAGUUCAGUAAAACAAAUCUUAUUAGUUGAUGCAUGAAAGUCACCACUGUACAGCUGAAUGCAAAUAUUGCAGGAUAAAUAAUUCGCACAUCUUCUUUCACUCUUUACUAUAUUUAACCAAAGGGGCACAACUCACUUUCUCAAAUUGUGUUAUCAAAAAUAAUAACUGCUGUAUUCGGUAAACUCUAAUUUAUCAUUUUGACAGUUUUCAACAUUAAAAAAUAUUAAUUGUAAAUAAUUUUACAGGUGGAAAUGAACAUCCCUUAUCACUGACCAGACUAGAGAGCAGUUUUCUUAAACAUAUUUGUAACCGUAAUGAACAUUCUUUUUUUAGUCAGCGCUCAUCAGAUUAACAGAAACACACGCACAAAAUAAAUAAAAGAGAGAUCGAAAGAAAGAGCGAAGAGGAUACAGUUACUUUGCUGCUAGCUUAUUGCCUUCAUUGUAAAAAAAAAUUAUGUCAUGCAGCUAAAAAAAAGCAAUACCAAUCUCUUUUUACAUGACAAACAUACACAUGGAAGUACCACUAACUUCAUUUGAACAUUUUAUGUAGUUUUCUUUUUAAAAAAAUUGUGUAGUGUUAUAAUACUAGAUUGGUGUAAUUGUCAACUUAUCUGUUGCAUGCAAAAAUUGUAAAUUCACAGAAAAAAGUGUAAUAUAAUUUUAACUGGCUAUUUAUUGACUAUUUAUUUUUGGGAAAAUUGCAUUAUUUCAUUUCUAUUAUGAAAAUAUAUUGAAUCUAUAAGCCUUAAAAAAUUAUAUCACCUAGUCCUUAUUUGUGAUGGUACCUAUAAAAUUUGCAUCAUAAAAUCAAGACAUUUUCACCAAUAGAGCUAGAGAAGAUUUUUUUCAUUAUUGCACUCUACGUAGAGCAUUCCCUAAUCCAAUUGUAUUUGUCUUACUUUAAAAAUUGUAAAACUAAGUUUAAAUAGGCGUUGAAGUUUUUUCAAUUAUUUUUCAAUGGAUUACAUUACAGGUUUAUAUGAACAUAAAAUUGAAAUAAGAAUUUUUGUUGAAGUACCUUAACAGCAUUUUUAAUACAGAAGUACAAUAUGAAUAUUUCUGAUCCAAAUUGUUAGAAUAUCAUGCUGUUGUAUUGGUUUUUAGCAAUAAUAUAUACACAUAUUAAAGUAUAUGUAUAAUACUCUUCUUUUAAACAAUCAUGAAUCGUUGGGUUUUGUAGAAAUAAAUUCUAAGAGUUAAAAAAAAAUAAUUUAUGACUAGAUUCAUACAUUUAAUAUUCUGGUAUGGUAAGCCUAUAAAUGAUAAAACGUUAACCAAAUAAAUGUAGAAGCUGCUAGAUACAUUAGUAUUCUUCCAUGUACAUCGUCAUCAGUGUUGCCUAAGCCCAUGUAGGGCCCUGGCCUGCUCCCUUACAUUUGUCCAUUCGGAUUGAUCCAUGGUUUUUCCCCCUUCAUGUGCGAACCCGCAGCUGGUGUAAGUCCUUCUUUACAUAGUCAAUCCAUCUUGGUGGAUCAGAGAGUAGUCUGCCCCUAGGUUUUUGCCUGUACAUCUCUUAAGCGGCUAUACAAUCUAGCAUUCUCUCAAUGUGUUGUCCAUUGCAGUCUACCUUUUUUUAUUGUUGGUACUAUGGGUGUGUCUUGGUACAAUUGAUUUAUCUCUUGGUUUGUACUGAUUCUCAAGCAUAGUGUCAUCAUCGGAUAAUAUAUUUUCCUGAGAAUUUUCCUCUCCCAUGUGUUGAGCAGGUUCUCUGCUUAAGGAACCAAUCUCACAACCAGUCACAACUGGUCUUAUGAUAGUGUUCUUCCAUGUGCAGUGAAAUGAACUAUACUUUUUAGAGUGCCAUGUACAUGCAUGAAUUAUUCCAUAAGAGAGAAUAAUUGUAUUUUUAUCAAAGCAGAUAUCAGUUUCUGAAACUGGCAUUGAAAUGUUUAACUCUAUCUUCAGAGCGAAGUACAACUACCCGCAAACAGGAUCCUGUCCAUGAGAUCUGUGAUGAAUUUCCUGUGAAGAUAGCUGAUCUUGGCAAUGCAUGUUGGACUGUGAGUAGAAAAUACUUUUGCCAUUUAUAUUAAAGCUGCUAAUACCCAUAUAAGUCAUAUGUCUAUAGGAUGUAAAAAAUUGACUAUUUUAAUGAUCUGCCGUUCAAUAUACCGGUAUGUCAUUGAUUUAAUGACAAUGACAAUUAAGGAUAUUAAAAGUUAUUUAAUCAGAAUUUACUUGGUUAUUAUAGGCGUCUAUUCUAUGAUAUUAAAUAAGAAGUGUGGAGAUCCCAUUAUUGCAGUGUGGUCUCUUUUAAUUAUAGGUUCUCCAACGCAUGCUUUGCUGGUGUUUAGUUACUUAGUGUGCUGCAAGGGAGCUGCUUUGGAAGCUCUAAAAACAAUAAAUUAUAUUCUAUUAAAAUAUCAUGACUUUGGGGAAGAGUUGGGAUGCAUUGAAAAAAACCAGAAACAAUAACCUGUUAAACUCUGGAUGCCUUAAACCUAUAACGGUUUAAAAUGGAUUCCUAAAACGGAUAACCUGUCCAAAGAAAACAUAUAUUAACAUCCCUAUUUACCAUAUGCAUUUGGGAUGUUUUUAGAAAUGUUCAUAUUUGAACUGUUAACAUUCAUGAGCAUAUUUUGAAAUUUCAUUCAGUGUUGACAUUUGUAUGAGUCAUAUAUAUGUUAGGUUAUCUUUAGAAAUAAACUAAGUUGCAGUCUAUUUCAAGAUGUGAUUCACAGAUGGCUACUGGUUUCUGUAACAGAGGACUUGAAAAGUCUGUUGAUUUUUUUGUGAAAACCUCCAGUAUCAAAAGGGCUAUUAUUUAUAUAGACAGUUUUACAAUGUGACCCUAAAAGCCACAAUUGUGCGGUCAUCAUUUGGAGUUUUGAAUCACUAAAAGUUGUCAACAUCUUGAUCAAUAAAAUUGGCCUGGUCAAGUAAAAAUAAAUAAAUUAAUGAAUUGAUAGAAAGCCUUUGGAAUCUUGACAAAAAAAGUCAAUUUAAACUUGAAAACUAUUCUGUAAGCAUACAAAUUUCACACCCUCUUAAAUUGUGAGCUUUUAGAUUUGUCAGCCAUUGUGGGCAGAUAUUCAACUGAUCUGUCAGUGAGGUUUAAUGCGUUAUCCUUGAAAAUAACUAUGGCUUCCACUAAAAAUGUUUACCUGUUUCCACAGUAUCACCAGUUUACAGAAGAUAUCCAAACACGUCAAUAUCGCUGUUUAGAAGUGUUAAUAGGGGCCGGCUACGAUACACCGGCUGAUAUAUGGAGCACUGCUUGUAUGGUGAGAUCACUUAUACAACCGCCACAUAAUUUAACUAGUCAAUGUCCACUUUUCACUAACGUUGAUUUAUACACUGGUGCUAAGGUUAUACUGUUUUACACUCAGAGUACUUGACUUUAUUUUUUCAUCUAUGAAAUUUCUAACAGGCAUUUGAGCUUGCAACUGGUGACUACCUUUUUGAACCACACAGUGGAGAAGACUAUACAAGGGAUGAAGAUCACUUAGCACACAUCAUAGAACUUGUGGGGCCCAUUCCACGCAAUAUAGCUCUUUGUGGAAAAUAUUCACGAGAAUUUUUUAAUAGGAGAGGUAAAUAGAUUUUUUUACUCGCAUGGGAAGGCCAUCAUUGAAUUUGAAAUUAAAAAAUGCAACUCCACAUACGAAACAUAUUUUGUGCUUAAGCUGAUAGAGAAUUGCCUUGUGGAAUGUGUUUUUGUCAUUACCUUCCAUUUAGAUUUUGUUUUGUUAAGUUCCAUUUUAAGCUGAAAGAUUUAAGUUGGCCUCAUUGUUUUGAGGUUUACAUUGUAUGUUGGGUCUUUACCAUGGCCUUGCUAAGAAUAGUAUGGUGAAUCUUAGCUAAAAGUAGUUAAGCUGAAAUUAUUGUUGAAGAGUUAGGCUAUGGCAUGCCUCACUGAUUUGAUGACAUUAUUGGUUUAUAAAAAUAUCUUCAUUUGCAAAUUCACUUCUUAAGCCAUUAGGAAGCUUUUUUUAAAUGUUUUUUGUGACCGUUGAUUUGUAUGUUGCUUGAUUUUGUUUCUACAGGAGAACUGAGACAUAUUAGCAAACUAAAGCCCUGGGGCCUCGUGGAGGUUCUCACAGAGAAGUAUGAAUGGUCAGAGAAGGAUGCACGAGAGUUCAGCGAGUUCCUUCUCCCCAUGCUGGCUUUUGAUCCCAGUGAGCGAGCCACUGCAGCGGAGUGUCUGAAGCAUCCUUGGCUCCAGGGAGUAUGACCAGCAGCCAUUUAUGGCUAGGAAUCUUGUCAAUAUGCUUGUUCUUUUGUCCCAGUAUCUCUCAGCAUGCAUACACGGUCACUUGUUGACAUCAAUUUGUAGCAGUCUGCCGUCUCCCAUGUUGUAUGCCAAGUGACAUUUAAACACCAAGCUGUCUAUAGCAGCCGUUCACUAUUCCCGUUUUGUUUUGUUAAGUUAGUCAAUUUGGGAAUAAUGGAUUCAAUAUUUUUUAUUUACACAAUGCUCCUUGGCUUUUUAUUUAACAUUUUUUUAAAAACAAAAAUUUUAGAAAAUAAACAAAAUUCUACACUUGAAUAAUGAACUUUUAUUAAAGGGUGAAUAUUUUUGUACACAGCUUACAUGAGUGUCAUCAAGGGGACGAAAUGUUCGGUUAUAUUGAGAGGAAUUAGUGCACUUGUCAUUUCAUCACAUCUCAUUUUAAAGAAGUUUGGUCAGUCCUUAACGCAUCGAAAAAUACGCAUUUUGUAUUUUUAAGAAAGUAAAUAAGCAAGUAAGAACAGUGUUUGAGUGCACAUGAGCCGUUGAAAGCGCUGAAAAACUGACGUCAUAAUUUUAGAUUCUCUACAAUUUUCCAGUAUUUAUUUUAGUGUAGCUAACAUCUUGCACCUAGACAGAUUGAUUGAUGCCCCUUUACCUACAUAACAUUUGUGGUAUGUUUGCUAGAACAGUUGUCCAUCUCUAGGUUCCAUCUCACAAAGUCUGGGAACACUUGAUAUGUAUUCACCAUAGAACAAAUGCUGUGUCUAUCUUGUGAGUUUCUUAUGUUUUGGAAUGGUGAAGUACAAAAGUAACUCAGGAAAUCAUGGUUUUGUCUCUCUAACUUGUCAUUUGCUACAAACUACAUUUAUGCCAACACAAUCAGAUGAAUAUGUAGUUUAUAAAGUUUUCUUAAUAAAAAAAAAAGAAAAGAAAAAAAAAGAAGGCUAGAUAUUUUAAUUCUUCAUAAUGUUUUCUUUCUGUUGACAGUUUAUAUUAUACAUAUUUUAUUACAAAUUAUACAAGUAGUUAAAGAGAAGAAAAAUAAAUUUUCAAUCAAGUUACAAUGAGUCCUGUCAAACAACUGCCAAAUUUACUCUUUGCUCAGAAUCUCAAACGCAUGUACUACAUUCACACAACAUAAUUAAAGAAUGUGUUAUUUCAUACUUGCAGUAGUUGCAGUACUUAGAUAAUGAACUUGGGUUCCUGGGGUCUAAAUAAGUUGGUGCUGUAAGAAGUGUCUUAGUGUAUAACCCCUUCUGUGAGAAGUUUGUGAUGGUUUAAGCUAGUUGGUCUAUUCUACCAAAACUUGCCCUCAUGUUGCCAUGUUGAAAGAGAACCGAAACCCCCCACAUCAGUCAAUAAAGGAUGUCUCAGUACACUGCAACACUUUGUUCUUAUUUGCCUUUAUACAAAAUUAGUUUCAAAUUUUUUUUAUUGCUGUUCUUUCCCUCAUUGUUUAAUUGAGCUGAGUUGAACUAUGCACUAGGCUUACUGUUCUUUCAAGUUCAAAUAGACUGUUUUAAUUUCAUGUUGACCAUUAUGUUUUUAAUCCAGUUUGGUUCCAUGACCUAAAUAAAGCUUAUUUUUGACUCCAUUCUGUCAUAGACCUGACAUAAUUACAGUUGUUAAGAGGAAUUCUUUACUCAAAGUACUGAGGAGUUUUAAUUCUUGACAAAUAAGCUUGUUCAGUGGACAGACUAGGCAAUAAUAGCUUUUCAGACUAAUCUCUAUGUAAAUAUAAUCUUUCAUUAAUAAUACACACAAAUAGAGCAAUAUCUACUCUAUAAAUGUUUAUACAAUAAUUAACAACUAUAAAAGUAAGCAAGUACCAUGUACAAUUUAGCUGCUCACACCAAAUUAAAGUAUUUUAAAGAUGCUCAGAUUUUAACAAGAUUAUUCUCAUAAAGGAAACAAAAAAAGUCCUAAAUUUGUUCUUGUAACCAUAUAGCCUUCCUGUCCUCAAUCCCUGCCCCCUCCCCAAGUGUUUAAUCUGAUCAAUUAUAUGACUGGAGCAAUGGGGUUCACGUGUUGUUUUGGUGUAUGUUUUGUGGGGAGGGGUCUCUCCCCGUCUAUUUGAAAUAAAACGUAAGCAAACAGCUAAAAGUAUUAUAUGUUGGGCUGACACACCAACUGUUUUAUGAUGUAACAUAAAAUUGAUUGAACAAGUAGAAAAUUAAAGGAUGGUUAAACAAGGAAUCACUAUUGUUUAAAACUGUAUGGUAAGGGCCCUAAUUAUUUUUACCAUUAUAUCUAUUCAUUUGGCAACAUUUGAGAUUGUGCUUCAGAUGAGGUACUGUUGCAUAACUCAAGUUGAAGUUUUUGUUCAAUAAUAGAUCUAAACUAUGCAGAUUCCUGUGCCAUGCUUCAUUCCUCAUUAAUUUGAUCAGCUGGCUAGAUAAAAAAGGUUUAAAUGUUCAAAUUGAUCUGCCUUUAUUAAAUCCUACUUGCAAGUUCUUUUAAGAAAAUAAUUUAUCAGAUUCUCCUGUUAACAACCACCAUGACAGUAAUAACUAUGAUAGUAAAGGAUUUUUACAACUAUAAUAAUAGCCUCAAUCAUAUAACCCACACAAGAGCUGUGUGUCCAAACAUUGAGAGUUUGUCAUUUUGUUUAUAAAUGAAGUGAAAUCUAUAAAAGGACAAGUCCCUUCUAAUCUAUGUACUUGACAAGGUUUGCGUGAUCUAGAAAGUGCUGGCAAUGUAUUGUACUUGACCAGGUCUGUAUGAUCUAGAAAGUGCCGGUAGUGUAUUGUACAAGGUUUGUGUGGUCUAGAAAGUGCUGGCAAGUAUUUGUGCUUGACCAGGUUUGUGUGAACUAAAAAGUGCUGGCAGUGACUACUUGACAAAGCUUGUGUGGGCCUAGAGCAAGAAAAGUGCUGGCAGCGUUUUGUACUUGACAAAGUUUGUGUGGCUCUAAAUAAUGCUUGCAGUGUAUUGUACUAGGCCAGGUUGUUUUGAGACUAGACAGUGCUGGCAGUGUAUUAUGCUUGACUUGUUUGGUCUCUGAUUAUGAAAGGUUCUUGAUUUGCUUGCUAACUAUUACCACUGUAUGUCAAUAUGUUACUGUACAUAAACUUCACACUCAUUGUCAAAAUGCAUUCAUUUAUCACUUCUGAACAAUAUGUUAAGCUCUAACUAUAACCAAAGGGAAAUAAUUUGUUAAAAUGAAAAACAUGCUAAUCACCUGAUCCAUUCCAUUAAAAGUAGAAAAUUGUUUUUGUAGACUUAUCAUCAAGACAUAAAUGUCCCACUCUUCAUGCCUGGGAAGAGUUAAGAAUAAAGUGGCCUGUCUGUGUUAAGGAGCUAUUCUGACGAUGAAUAUUACCAUAUUUAUCUUCCAUUUUCAGUCACUCACUUCCAGCUUGACUUAGUAGUAUGUAAUGGUAAGUGCACUACACGAAAGAUGGAUAGUCCUUGUGAGAAAACUGACUGCGGCAUAGCAGUGCCCACAUGAACAUGGGGAGACGUGUCUUUUCAUAUUCUUGAACAAGUUGUAAAAAAAAAAAGAAAAGAAAAACAACCUUCAGUCUCCCUGAGCAGGCGACCUGAUCUGUCAUGUCAAACGCUGAUCUGUCAUGUCAAACGCUGAUCUGUCAUGUCAAAUGCUGAUGCAUCCAUCACUUUAUCCACAUUGGCAUCCACCCUAUUUACUUACAUCUGAUUUAUGUUGACAUCUCUAGAGCCUUUCUAAACCCACACAUCUUUCUCUUUAGUUUCAUAAUUUUGAGUGCUUACUUCCUCCACUGCACCAAAGAAAGUUUGUGGGCCACAGGAAAGGUUGUGGGCCACAGCUAUCGACUCUCAACAUAAUUUCUGCCCGCCGCCCCCCCCCCUUUCUUGCGGGUUGUUUGGGGGGGGGGGUGUCAACCAAAUGUCUUCACAUUAUUGUUUUUUUGCGGGUCAGAGAUAAGCUGUCACCAACUAUUGCACUCUGGCUUACCAUCAAGUUAGCUGUUUGAUUGUGUACAAAUUUUUUUUUCUUUGUGUAUAUAUUUGCUAGGUUGGAGGUGACCAUGAUUUCAUGGUUUGACCAGGCUAAUAACUAGUUGUGUUUAAAAGUGAGAGGGAUGUGUUCAAUGAAAGAAUGAUUGGCUUCCACACACAAUGCUCAGUGAAAAAUGUUUUUUUUUAAAAACUGUUUUUAAAUACUUUUUUUAUUGGGAGUGUUCAUUGAAAGCAUUGGUUUUGUUUGGGAAGUGCGCCGCGGG